ACAGGACCUUGCCAUAACUGAACAUGGCCGAAUCUCACCUUUGCCGUCAUUGGUAAAUUGGCCCUCCCGGCUCCCGUUACUCUCGCAUCUUCCCCUUUGCCGGACGUAGCCAUGGCGGCCAUGAGUUUACUGCAGCGGGCUUCGGUCACUGCGCUGACAGCUCUGUCUGGCGGCCGACUCGGUACGGGACUCGGAUUCAGAGGCUUUCUCACCCGCGGCCUUCCGAAGACUGUCGCUCCCGUGCGACAGAGUUCAGACCAUGGGAAAAGACUGUUCAUCAUCAAACCUUCUUCCUUCUAUGACAAGCGUUUUUUGAAAUUAUUGAGAUUCUACUUAUUGUUGACUGGAAUACCAGUAGUAAUUGGCAUCACUCUGCUGAAUGUAUUUAUUGGUGAAGCUGAAUUAGCAGAAAUACCAGAAGGCUAUAUUCCAGAACACUGGGAAUAUUACAAGCAUCCUAUAUCAAGAUGGAUUGCACGUAUUUUCUUUGAAAGUCCUGAAAAGAAUUAUGAAAAAACAUUGGCUAUACUUCAGAUGGAAUCUGAAAAGACUGACUUACGGUAAGAAAAGGGGAUGGGAAAGAAAAAUUGUUUCCUUAGGUCACCAAACCUUGGCGAGCCUAAACGACAUCUCUAA